AUGGCGGAAAUCGAGUUGGAGCGCCCAACCAAGGACGCCAAUUUCGAUGGCAGCAUCAGUGAGGAUGAGAUGGCUGCGGCGCUCAAGGCACGCUCGGGUCUCGGGCUUCAGGGAAGCGUGCUGAAUCCCAAGAUGAGCACGGAGACCACCAAGAAGCUCUUCGCGCAGGCGGACCUCAACAAGGAUGGGCGCCUGGACAUCCAAGAGUUUGUAUCAUGGCUUUGGCCCAGCUGA